AUGCAAAAGCUAGUUCCUUAUUAUCAUCAUCUAAAGACUGCUCUGUAUGCGGUUGUCAUAAGUACUAACGACCUUCUCAAUUCCUACUUGUUGGAGCAUAGAAGCCCUGAGAAUGUAACAGCUGAGGUUGUUCCAUACGUUGUGAGAGCCAUCUCUCACGCAUUACAGGUACACAAAUUUGCAUUCAGUCUUGAAGUUGUUCUAAAGCCUUUAAUAGAGUCUCCAUGGCGCACAAAACUUGUUGGUCUUCAGCACGUUCCCUCACGGCUGCAUGCCGAUAUUGCUGAGCAUAUCCCGGAAGCGUUCAACAAGCAGUUGUAUGAUGAAAUCCAAGUCUUGCAAAAGAACAGGACGGGAUUUCAUCUUCUUUAUGCAGAUGCUUACAAAUUCACUUUGGAUGUCCUGGAUAAACCGCUAGUUUAUGGUGAGAUCUUGUGUUGUUAUUGUAAUUACCAAGAUUGGAAGUUUGGGCAACCGUUUGUAGGAAACAAAAACAUUUAUGUCUUUCCAGGAUCCCAAAACAAGACUAAACUAUCAGCAUGUUGCGAGAGUGGAGGGGAAUAUAACUUUGACGUUACUCAGCCAUGCGGACUAGUUAUCCAGCCAAACGGUACCACUUUGAAGCCUUCGGAGUACGUCAGCUGGGAUGGCGUUCACUUUACCGAGUCGUUCUAUCGGCAGUUGUCAAAGGCAUUGCUCACAGGUCGAUACAUUUAUCCAUCUCUGAACAUUACGCAGAUUUGCAACUUCACUUCCAAUAGGAAAGUGCGGAGAGAGCCCGAAUGA